CCAGAAUGCCUAGGUUCUGACGUCAUGCAAGACUUGGCAGUCUCUGAUGAUGGAAGGUAUGCAGCUGUGUUUCUGGAACCUUUGCUGGGUGCACACAGAGGAAGUGUUCCCCCACCUCGGGACUGCCAACCUCUGAAGGACCCCAGGGUGGCCCCAGCAGAGAGACGGAAUCCAGAGGGAAUGGCCCCCAGGACCCUGAGGCCCCCCUCCCAGGGGUCAAUAACAUACAAGGAUGUGACUGUGGACUUCACCCAGGAAGAAUGGUGCCUAUUGAACCAUUUCCAGAAAGCAUUGUACCUGGAGGUCAUGCUGGAGAAUGUGAAGAAUCUACGCUCUGUGGGGCUUCCAGUUCCUAGAGAAAAUUUUAUCUCCUGUUUUAAGCAAGGGAGAGCAUCAGGGCUACUAGAACAAAAAGACCCAAGGAGCUCCUGUCCAGCAGUAGAUUUUGAAGUGAAAGAGAUGUCUACGAAACCGAGCCUUUUUGUGGAAGAAUAUGACUCCCAAGGAUGUAUGAAUGAGGUUUCCCAUGACUUCAUUUUAAGAGAAAUGUGUGACUCUACUAUCAAGGUAACUCAAAAUCCAAAGAGUGACUGUGAAUUUGAUGAAACUUCAGAGAAAUGCAACCAGUAUUCAGUCCUAAAUGAGUAUAUGAAAUUGACCUCAGGAAAUGACUAUUGUCAGGAUAGUGAAUACAGGAAAUGUUUUCUUGAAGAAGUAGUUGUUCAGUCACCUGAGAAACCUGAAAUACCUGUGCAUCAAGGUAACGAAGGAGGAAUGGCCUUGGGCUGCAGUUCAGACCUCAUUAAACAUCCAAAAACUAAAGGUGUUGAGAUGGUUUCUGUUAGUGAUAGAGGUGGGAGACCUUUCAGUCAGAACUCUCAACUUGCUGCACAUCAGAGAAUCCACACUAGAGAGAAAUCUUAUCAGUGUAAACAAUGUGGAAAGGCUUUCACAUCAAGGGCCUCUCUUGCUGCACAUCAGAGCAUCCACACUGGAGAGAAACCUUAUGAAUGUAAACAGUGUGGAAAGGCUUUCACAUGGAGGGCCUCUCUUGUUGCACAUCAGAACAUCCACACUGGAGAAAAACCUUAUGUAUGUAAACAGUGUGGAAAGGCUUUCACACAGAGGGGCAAUCUUGCUACACAUCAGAGAAUCCACACUGGAGAGAAACCUUAUGAAUGUAAACACUGUGGAAAGACUUUCACAUGGAGCGCCUCUCUUGCUAAGCAUCAGAGCAUCCACACUGGAGAGAAACCUUAUGAAUGUAAAGAGUGUGGAAAGGCAUUCACACAGAGGGGUCAUCUUGCCAUACAUCAAAGAAUCCACACUGGAGAGAAACCUUAUAAAUGUAAACAGUGUGGAAAGGCUUUUAUACAGAAGGACCAUCUUGCCAGACAUCAGAGCAUCCACACUGGAGAGAAACUUUAUUGUAUUGGAUAUGUUGUAGGUUGUUUGUUAAUUAGGUAAGGAGUAAGAUAAUGGAUAAGAGAGAGGAGUUGAUGAUUCGGAUUUCUUUAAGUCACAGUGGAAUCUCAAAGAGGAAUGAUGGGAAGAGAACUUUCCCAAGGAGCUUUGGGAAAGUUAAUUGAACCAACGAUCAUCCUUUGGGCUAUUCUGAACAAGGAAAGUUGUCCAAGGAGCUUGUUCUGAGAAUUGGAGAAGAUCUGGUGAAUUUUCUUGAAGAACAUCCUAGAAGAGAAUAGUGGUGCUGAAGAACAUCUGCUUCGCCAGUGGUGGCGGGAGAGAGCAAAGGAUGAGUCGAGAAGUCAGUGAAAUUCUGAGAAGUUGAAUUUCAUCUAAGUAGCAGGAAAGAAAUCUUUCUUAUUCCUCUCUGUUUAUUAAGUUAAUAUUUUAGUUUAGGAUAGAAAGUUAAUUAGUUUGGGGGAAUAGAUUAGUCAGUAAGAGUAGUUUUAAGUUAGGCUUGUAAAUUCAAGCAAGAAGAAAGUCUCAUGAGAGACAGUUGGUUGUGGGUUGUUAGCUAAUAUUGAUUAGAUUUAGGGAAAGAUAUUUCCUCAACUUUUCAAUUAAAGUAUCUCCAAUUUCCUUUUCCUAUCACUGUUUGUAUAGAAGUAAAUAUAAAUAAAUAAUUUUUCAUGCAA